UUGCUUGGUCCUGCAUCUCCCCUCUUCGCCUCCUAAGCCUGUUAGGGACACAUUCUCAUGUCCUUAAACGUACAAGCAGAUAAUUGUUGGCGCUCUAUCUUUGUGCGAAGGAGGCCAGGGUGUAAAUGCCUUUUAAUGACUGCAGCUGCUGGCUGAAAACUGUCAAUGGAAUUGGCUAAUGCAGAGAGCCCCCGGAAAAGAAAAAGAGAGAGAGGGAGAAUGAGAGAGAGAGAGAGAGAGAGAGAGGCUUUUGCGAGGGAGCUGCUGAGCCUGAGCGCCGCUGGAGCCGAAGAGGGCGAAAAAAAAGAGACAGACAGACAGAAGGAGAAGCAGGAAAAAGAGGGAGGAAAGACGGGGCAAAAGAGGAAGAAAAAGACUGGAGGAGCGGUCGUACGCAGCCACCGAGCCACCCUCCGAUUCCCGCUCUUCCGCCUCUUCGCUGAGUCCUUUCUGCCUUUGAAAAUCCUUUCCGGAUCCUAUAACCCCCUCAACCCGCCCGACGGAAGGGACCCCAGAGGCUGGAGUAAAGGGAAGCGGAGGAGGCCUGAAAGGAGGAGAGAUCAAAUGAAGGGAAGCCAAGGGUUCCCCUAACAACAGGUUUGCCUUGCUUCCUGGAAAGUCCACAACUGCGGUGUGAGUAUAGAUGCCUAUGGAAUUCAAAGGGUUACCAUAAGUAGUUGAUAGCUGACUUUAAAACAUUGAUAGCCUUUGACUCCUUAGGGUGACCCCAUGAAUGUUAUGGGAAUUUAAAGGUAAGGAACACUCAGAGGUGGUUUUGCCAGGUCCUUCCCCUGAAAUAUAGCAUACAGCACAUGGUAUAUUUUUAAAUCCUGUUAAGGAUGGAGACUUUUUUUUCAGGAAUUGCAAAGAAUGUAUACAAUUACAGAAUUAUAAGCUGUUAAAGAUGCAUACAUUGUGUGUGUGUGUACACCUGCUGGGGUGUCCCUUACGUAAAAUAAACAGCAAAAUCAAACUUGGACAGGUAAUAUCA